UCUUUGUUCUAAGUUACUUAAGGAUUGGUUUAUCUAAUCACAGUUUAGAAAAUGAUCGAGAAGUCUGCAAAAUCAUCAGCUCUACCAGCUGGAGUCGUGAUAGUCAUCAAUUUACUGUCCAUGAUUCUCUGUAUCUUUGUAUUCGCCGUGAGUCUCCUGUCGAUCGCAGCGCCAUCUACAGUGUUGUACUUCAUUAAUAGCUUCGGAAGCAGUUUCAUGAAGGCGCUGCUAACUGAGGACACGCAUUUAUUUCAACUGGGAAUAGCUGGAGCUCUUUUAUCUGGGUUCGUUUUUUGCAUCUCGUUCAUGGGACUAUAUGGCGCCAUCACCAGCUCCAAGUUUCUACUUGUCAUGUACGCUGCGAUAGUAUUCCUGCUGCUGCUUCUGGAAUGUUCCGUGAUGUACUACCUGUCCUCCAACUUACUAGAGAAAGGUUUCCAAAAACAGGACGUGUAUUUCAAUCACGCAGUACGUGCGAACCUAGAGUGCUGCGAACUAAAUGUGACGUCCACACCGGAUGUUAAACCUCCUUGGUCGUGUUGCGAUCAAGAAUUUUACUCAACCAACUGCACCAUAGACAACAUUCACGAUCUGGACUGCCACAUCGCCAUUAAGGCGUGGCUCGACCGGUUCCAGAUACCGUUAUACGUUACCCUCGUUGUUUUGCAUGUUAUCUUGCUGUCCUGCUCACUCCUAAGGCGCUGUCUGUCUCGCUCGCACACCUAGCGACUACAGCGCCGCUCUGGCGCGCCAAGAAGUCGUUCAGUCGGGACUCGUGUAUCACCAGGCCUCGGUCCUAAUGAAGAUGUGUUGAUGCUGGUGUUGGGUCGGGGGCGGCUGGGGUGGAUCGACAAACAGUAAUCCUGAUAGUUGGGUGUUUGGCAAAUUUUUUAGCACAAAAGAUCAAGAGGAAGUAAUAUACUCGUAUCGUCAAACUGCAGAGGUUGCAGGUCUGCAGGUCUGCAGGUCUACAGGUCUACAGGUCGGGAUUUAAGCGGCUAGAGAAAUAAACUUAACUUGUACUGUUA